AUGCGUCUUCCAUCUCUGCUAGCCACAGCUCUUCUUGCUGCUGUACCAGGUUCGUGUGCACCAGCUCACGAAUGUGGCUGCAAGACUCCCCUCGUUCGUAAAGAAUGGAGAACAUUGAGCACCAAAGAGAAGCUUGAGUAUAUCGACGCCGUCAAGUGCCUCGCGACCAAGCCGUCACAGACUGGAAACAUCUACGCCGGUGCUAAGUCGCGCUACGACGACUUUCAAGUCAGUCAUAUCGUGAAUACUGACUUUAUACACUACGUUGUAAGCCGUCGCCCGCUUCGCACCUUUUCGGUGAGGUGGCUGCUAACCGAGCUCUACAGGGCUUCUUCCAAGCGUAAUACUAUCUCCCUGCCACCAGGACGUCAAGCGCUGAUUUUAGAAACAGGUGGCAUCGAGUGUUCAUUGCUCAAUAUGAGAAAGACCUUCGGAAUCUAUGUUGCUACAGUGGAGCUCAGCCAUACUGGGGUUCUAGACUGGACACUUGACUCGAGUUCGAUUGAAGAUUUCGGAAAGUCUCCCAUUUUCGACGCAGAGACAGGGUUCGGAGGGAAUGGCGUUUUUAUCGACAUCAGUAGCUGGACAAACGUGACUAGACAGGUUUCUGGGAGGACAGGAGGCGGGUGCGUUACUAACGGCCCUUUCGCCAAGGGGGAAUUUGAAGUCCAUGCAGGUCCAGACACCUCAACUGCCUACAACCCGCGAUGCCUAGCCCGCGACAUCUCUGCAGAAUAUGGCAUCUCAAAGCUCAACCAAACCAUGGUCGACUGGACCCUCGAAGCCAAAGACUUCUUCGAGUUCGACCAGCGCGUCCAAGGUGGCGUCAGUGCCGAAUCUCAAGGAUAUCAUGGUGGCGGCCAUCUCGCUAUCGGCGGUAGUCUCGGUGAGAUGGGUGACAUGUACUCUUCGCCUGGCGAUCCUAUCUUCUGGCUUCAUCACACCAACGUUGAUCGACUCUGGGAUAAAUGGCAGCGACUAGACUGGCCCGCUCGGAAGAGCGAUAUCAGCGGCCCUGAUAUCCAGUAUGCAUACCCGUAUAACUUCUUUGGGGAUAAGGAGUACAAGAACAUCACUCUUGCUUACGUGAUGGACUUUAGGAACUUGCUUCCUGAUAGGCGAUACAUCACUGUUGAGGAGGCUAUGGACACUCAAGGAGAACGACUGUGCUAUACAUAUGAGUCUUGA